AAGAACGGCGAGGAUAAGCGACCACCUCAGGCUGUGGUGGUGAUCAGCCCAUUGUAUAUACACCCAUAGCUGGCUUAUGGUCGUCUGCCUCGUCUCCUCUCAGUGUUCUCCAUGAAGCACCGCACUCCGCUCCUUUUUCUGGCUGUGACGGCCCUCAGCGCUGCUCCGGCUGUCCACUCUUUGACAGGCUAUGCAAAUGUCUUCAUUGACCCAACGGAUAUCCUGAACAAAACAUACCCCAAUAUUGGUCCAGCCAACAAGACCAUCUUGAACUGGGCAGAGCAGAGUGCUCAACAAGGCCCAUGGACCGUAAGCAAGAAACCCUUUCCUCCUCCUUCUGGCGAUUACCAUGACUAUAUGAGCUGGGCUCCAUACUGGUGGCCGGACUGCUCUAUUAAUGUCCAUAAUACUACUGCCCUGUCUCCGCAGCAGAUCUGGCAACAGUGCAACUAUGUUCAGAUGGACGGACAGCUCAACCCCGAUAAUCGCUUGAUCAAUAAUAUUGGCGACUUAGGGAGCAUGGCUGACGCCAUCUUGUAUAACUCUCUGUCCUACGUGCUCACGGGCACGACAGAAUACGCGGCUAGGGUUGUGACCUACAUCAACACAUGGUUUCUGAACGGCGACACCAAAAUGAAUCCCAACUUGAAUUACGCUCAGAUGCAAGGCGGACCAAACGGCCAGGUCGGCACCCACACCGGUAUCCUGGACCUGAAAUGCAUGAGCAAGAUCGUGACUGGCGUGUUGCUCCUGCGUCAAGCGAAGCCUGGUCCCUGGACCUCGGACGUUGACACCGGUCUGAAAUCCUGGGCUAAGGAGUAUAUCCAGUGGUUAACGACCGCUGAUAUCGCCCUUCAGGAAAGGAAGGCUGUAAACAUUCUCCCCAGCAAUCACGGCACAUUUUACUUCAACCAGCUGGCGGCCCUUCAAAUCUUGGUGGGCGACACCGACGGGGCUCGGCAAUCCAUUGAGGAAUACUUCAAUGGUAUUUACAUGGCGCAGGUCGAUGCCAACGGCGACCAGAGUUUUGAGUCAGCUCGUACAAGGCCGUACCACUACCGUGCUUACAAUCUGGCCGCCAUGAUCACUAACGCCAAGCUCGGCCGGUACGUCGGCGUGAACGUCUGGAACAAGACCACCAGUUCCGGCGCGACGAUUAAGACCGCGCUCGACUACGCCAUGUCAGUCCCACCAAGCCCUGCCGAGAGAGACUACGCCGCCGAGCUCUACCCAAACGUCGCCGCUGUGGCAGCAAUCUACGGCGAUCCAAACAACACGUACGCAGGCUUCCUCGCCAAGGCUGAGGGCGCGGGCUACGUCAAGGAUGCGUGUUUCCUUUGGAGCCAGCCGCUGAGCGACAGUGGCCUCGCGAACGCGCCGCCCAGCGUCGUGACCUUUUCCGCGAGCGGUGUGACGUAUUCGGCGAGCAAGCCUGCAGUGUGGACCGGCGGGCCGACGGCGCCUGCGGCUACUGGCAAGAAGGAGAACGCGGCCUUUAGCUUCACGCUUGCCUCUUGGCGUGCCUAUGGUGUGCUCUAUGGGGCGUGCAUCGUAGUAAUGAUCGCCUCUUUCGUCGAGUUCUUGUGAAGACGCGUCGGUCGGAUACAGUACCUCACUUACGCAUCCUUUACUUCCCGUCUUCCGCGCGAGACACUGACAUUCCUACUUUAUGUUGCCUAUUCGCUAUAUCGCUGUGUACGAUCGACGUGCGUUCUCGUAUCUGUAAAUUCAACCCAUGUGGUACCAUGUGGUGUCGAGUGGAAUUACCGUGAAUAGUAUGGGGUCUAUUAUACCUACCAAACUCAUACGAAGCUACAGUCGGGGGUUAUUAAAACGCAAAGCAGUAUUACAUGUCGUAAGCUAGGACACCAAG